AAGCUGGAUUCACAUUCAAAGUUGGAGUCUAUACUUAUCAUCAUGGUAACAUUUGCAAUACAACACAUGUUUGGCGAAUAGAUAAAGAAGCAUCAGAGGAAGAGAUUGUUGAUCAGCAUUAUAAAAUUCAAACAGAUUUAAAAAAAUAUUUACCCACCUAUCAUACACGUCAUAUGUGUCGAGAAUAUAUGGACAUAUGUGAACUUCAUCUAAACAAGCAACCAAAGGCAAAAUUACGAUGCAUAUAUAAGGAACUGACGAAUGAUGCAUCAGUAGCGAAAACAACAAAUCUGAAAGAAGUUGAUGAGCGUGUUAAACUGGCCUUUGAACUUAAUGAUCCUAAAAUAAUUAGUGAUCUCAGAGAACUUAAUGAAGGCAAGAAGUUUUUAGAAGGCAUUGCACAGGAAGUUGUGGUUGCUGUUGACGAAAAAAGACAUGAUCCAAUUGUGCAUCUUGCACAAGCCAUUUCGGCCUGUGAUCUUU